GCAAAUGCUUUAGUGUUUUCCGUAGUCAUCGUUCACUAGCUCAAUACUGCAAGGACUGCUUGGUGGAUACACAAAGAAACCACUUCGUCUGCGCGUUUGGUAUUACACUUCUGACUAAUAAUGCCGCUGGAGAAUCUGGAGGAAGAGGGUCUGCCCAAAAACCCCGACCUGAGGAUAGCACAGCUGAAGUUUCUGCUGACAAUGGACGGUCACCGACAGGAUGCUAAAGUGAAAACGGAGCUGAUGGAUGCUAUCAAAGCUAACAACAUGGCACCAUACUAUGAAGGUCUGUGUAAGGACCUGAAGUGGCAGCUGGACAGUGACCUGCUCAGUAAAAUGAAAAAGGCCAAUGAGGAGGAGCUGAAGCGUCUGGAUGAUGUGCUAGAGGAUGCAGAAAAGAACCUGGGAGAGAGUGAGAUACGUGAUGCCAUGAUGGCCAAAGCUGAAUAUCUGAUCAGAAUUGGAGACAAGGAGGGCGCCCUCACAGCCUUCAGGAAGACUUAUGACAAGACAGUGGCUCUCGGUCACAGACUAGACAUUGUCUUUUACCUGCUGAGGAUUGGUCUAUUCUAUAUGGACAGUGACCUCAUCACACGCAACUCUGAGAAAGCCAAGAGCCUUAUUGAGGAGGGGGGAGACUGGGACCGGAGGAAUCGCCUCAAGGUCUAUCAGGGUUUAUACUGUGUGGCCAUCAGAGACUUCAAGCAAGCAGCUGAGCUCUUCCUUGACACAGUCUCUACCUUCACUUCUUAUGAGCUCAUGGAUUAUAAGACCUUUGUCACAUAUACAGUUUACGUCUGCAUGAUCGCCCUCAAAAGGCCUGACCUACGUGAAAAGGUAAUCAAGGGAGCAGAGAUCCUGGAGGUCCUACAUAGUCUACCUGCUGUGCGCCAGUAUCUUUUCUCACUCUACGAGUGCCGUUAUUCUGUUUUCUUCCAGUCUUUGGCUAUGGUGGAGCAGGAAAUGAAGAAGGACUGGCUCUUUGCGCCACACUACCGCUACUACGUGAGGGAGAUGAGAAUUCAGGCCUACAGCCAGCUGCUAGAGUCCUACCGCUCCCUCACUCUUGGCUACAUGGCUGAGGCCUUUGGUGUCAGCACAGAGUUCAUUGACCAGGAACUGUCCAGAUUCAUCGCUGCUGGCCGCCUUCACUGUAAAAUUGAUAAAGUGAAUGAGAUCGUGGAAACCAACAGACCCGAUAGUAAAAACUGGCAGUACCAGGAAACCAUCAAGAAGGGAGACCUGCUGCUCAACAGAGUCCAGAAGUUGUCAAGGGUUAUCAACAUGUAACAGGCCAUUUUUCCCCCAGUUACUGCAAGGGAAAUCUGUAUGAUUCUUCUUGGCACCCAAACCUGUCGUUUGUCAGACAAAGUGACUUAUAUUGUGUAUAAAAUAAAAUUUGUUUAACUGUUGAA